UUUUGGCGCCUUGGCCGAUAGUCUGCUGGUUAUUUUUCUAGGGUUUUGCUUCACACUAAAGAAAGAAAGCAUGAAUUCAUCGACUCGGAUUUUCGGCAAGGGGUGCCGGAUUCUGAUGGCAGCCGCAAAGAGCUCCGCUGCCCCUACGUCAGUCGCUGCGUCUGCUGUGAAAUCUAGAGGCCGCCCAAACGGAAUUUUGAAGCCGAUCAAGGUUUCUCCGGCUCUAGAGAAAUUCAUAGGCGCGUCUGAGGUCUCUCGUACUGACGCCGUGAAGAAAGUAUGGGAAUACAUCAAGGCCCAAAAUCUUCAGAAUCCUGCAAAUAAGAAAGAGAUAAGAUGCGAUGAGAAGCUAAAGACUAUAUUCAGUGGGAAGGAGACAGUCGGGUUUCUAGAGAUUGCUAAGCAGCUAGCACAACAUUUUCCGAAGGCUGCUGCAUAGUAGACUUUCUAUCUGUCUUGUGAUUCUUGUCUGUUAGAUGUGCACACUGUGUCCCGGCACUGCCUUUUAUUUUGGUUAACUAUACGGUGCUGAUCAUGAACAUACCGCUUUUUUAGUUUACGUGCCCUAUCUUAAUGAUGAAAUUUUAUCUGAGUAUUAACUAACAUAAAAGUGGGUCUAGUUUUCCGGUGCUUAUACCGUGGAACUGAUUUUUUUAUUACCG